AAGCCAGCAAGGAGUUCAUGAAGAAGAUUAAGCCUGUGAGUUCCGAGCAAAAUCCAAAGAAAGUUGCUCCAACAAUUGCAAGUCUCCCUGCUCCAUCAACAUCAGAGCUUGUAAAAGAACAUGUCUCAAGAUUUUAGGCUAUCAUGCAACAAUGAUUUAAUACAGUAUAUAACAGUGCAAUGUUUUGACUUUGCAUUAAUGAAUUGGCAGUACUCUACCACUCACAGGUAAAUUUGUCUGGUGUUAGGAGGACUACAAUACUUAAUUUAAGUAGAGCACAUCUGUAAAACCACAACAAUUUUCUUGUCAGUGGUAGGGUACUGCCAGUUAAUUGGUUAAUAAAUGAUUUAUGGGAAUUAAUGUUAGUGUGUAUACAUGUCCUGUUGUUCAGUGUUCAGCAAAAGAAAGGAAAUAUGAAAAAAUAUAUUGUCUUUAUCUCUCCUUGAAUCCAGUGUACCGACCAUCAGGUGAUGGGUAAUGUUUUCUUAUUUUCCAUACACAGCAUGAGGGAAUGACUUUCCGAUUACCCUUACCCAAAUGACCAUGUAUCCACAUAACAUAUUGUCUGUAGGCUGCAUGCCUCAUUGCCCGAUUGUCAUAUGUUGGAGUAAAUACAUAUGUAUCUGCUAGACUCCUUAUGACAGUUGCCAAAUUAUCGGAAUCUAGGCAAAUGUUUUGGAAUGCCAAUGUUGUACUGCGGCACAGUCGCCUUUCUUUACAGCAUACCCUCUCUUUGUCUGUUGGCAUCUUACGGCAAUACCCACAAACACAGAACGGUAUCUCAGAUGUCUCGCUUGAUUGUUGGAGUUCCUCUGGACCUGCUGUAACUUUGGUGAUGAAGUCUUUUAACACUAGUGGUCGAGACAUAAAACCCUCCUUUGCCACUUUUACUAGGGUCUCUCUGUCCAACCCAUCAAUCAUUUCCUAAAUAACAGAUGGUAGAGCAAAUAAUUAUAAAAACUUAAACGGGCAGGGCUUUCAAAAUAACCAGAAGGUGUCACAAGGUUUUAGUAAGCUUUCAAUUCUUUUUUUAUAUCCCCACAGCCACCUACUUUAUCAAAACAGACACCUACUCUGAAUAAUUCUGAAAGCCCUGAAAGGGCAAUAUAAACUCCAUCAAAGAAACACAUGGAAACUCUUUAUUGCACCCACAUUGUAAUGGUUACAUAGUUUACACCCUAUGGCUUGUUUCAGUUUAUAGUUGAUUCAUCUUCCUCAAAACAUAUUAAAAUAUUCGGAACGCGAUAAUUGCAAAUACCAUGCAAAUUACCUCGACUGACACUUCACUCUGCUCAUUUGUUUCGCUUUGUGGCGCUACUGUCUCUCUGCCUGUUUGACUCCGAGGUUGUGCCUACAGCAAGAAGAAAAUAAUUGUUUUCUCUAUAUAAAAUAUAGUCAUGAAAGGCACAGCUGCACAAGUACCUUACCUUAUUCUGACAUGGUUUACUAUUGGUACCACAAGAGCAGUUCUCUCCACACAAAACUCCGUUGCCUUUACAAACACAGCCAGUUAUUUUCCCACUUGCAGCGGUUUUCAGUUUGCGCAUACACUGUGAUUUACAUGAGCAAUUCACUGCAGGUGGGGCGAUCGACUGUAAAAUAUACAAAUCAUAUUUAUCAGUAUAAAGUUGUUGUCUAUUUUGCCAAUUAGUUUCAAAUAUUCAUACGAAAAAGCAGACAUUUACCUCGCUAGAUUCAUCUGACUCUUCAAGCGAUGAAUCCAUCGCCAUCUGACUUUCUUCGCUUUGGAAAAGUGAUGAUCCAUAAUAGUUUAAUACAGACGCAUCCUCUUCGCUUUCCGCCAUAUUCAACAGAACUAUAGUAUUUUAUCCUGAUUAUUUACAUAUUUGCGUGAAAUAUGAGCCGUCUGUAUGAUGCUCAUCAAUCAACAGCGGUGUUUAAGGUCACGUGGGGUGGUGUAUUCUGCCUUUAAAGAAGGUUAAAGCAUCUAAGGCACCAGGCCUUGCUAAGAUUUCUAGUAAAUCACUUAAAGCAGCAGGGGACUCCAUAAUUGAAUCACUCAUGUACUUAUUUAAUCUUGUUUUGAACACUGGUAUUUUUCCGGAUGAUAUGAAACUUGCAGAAGUUACUCCAAUCUAUAAAUCUGGAGAAAGGACCAACUGUGGUAAUAAUAGACCUAUUCAGUUCUAUAAUAUCAGUUGUUGCAAAAAUCUUGGAGAAGACUAUUUAUAAUCAAAUAUUUGACUUCCUAAAACAAAAUUCACUUUUGGUGAAUCAACAAUUAGGCUUUGGUCCUCUUUACUCAACCGAAAUUACACUCUUACAUUCCGCUAACCAAUGUCUUAUUAAUAUGGACAAAUGUCUGAUUAAUGACUUUUAUUUCUAGAUCUCAAAAAAAUAUGGAAUAAGAGGAACCGCUUUACAUUUAUUUCAAUCUUACCUCUCUGAAAGAAAACAAAUAUGUAAACUUCAAAAUACAAUGUCAGAAGUUGCUAAUGUAACUUGCGGUGUUCCCCAGGGAUCAAACCUUGGAAAAACUUUCUGUUAUACAUUAAUGACCUCCCUAAUUGCCUAGAAGAAACACAAGCUUCCAUGUGUGCGGACGAUACAAACUUGUCUUGUCGAGGUAAAUCGCCGCAGAAAUCGAAAACAAAAUUAAAACUGACUUAGAAAACGUACAUAAAUGGCUAAUUGCCAACAAAUUAACAUUGAAUCAGGAAAAAACUGAAUGAAUGCUGGUAGGCUCAAGACAGACACUACAACAAUCUUCAAGUAAUCCUCAAAUAGUUAUUGGCAACCAUAUUAUACAGCAGGUCUCAAGUAAGAAAGUUCUUGGGGUCAUUAUUGAUGAACAGUUUAAGUGGAAAGAACAUAACGAUGCAAAAUGCAAAAAAAAUUGCAAUUCAAUUGCUCUCUUGAAAAGAUCAAGGCAUUUUGUAAGUCAAGAUACACUUCUAAACAUGUUCAAUGCACUUGUCCUACCUCAUUUCACAUACUGUUCGAAUGUAUAGAAUGAUGGCAGUUGUGCACAUAUUCAAAAACUACGCCAAUUGCUUAAGCGAGCCUCUCGAGUGAUAACAGGGGCGGAUCAAGGAUUUUUCGUACCUCAGUCAAAAUUUUUUUGGUGGACGGGGCGUUGUCGGCGCUGGGCGUGGUCUCGACUGGGCGUGGUCGACUCCUGACGGGGGGGAGUGGGCGCUAAAUAAUUUUUAUGUUGAUAGUCCGCCACCGGAUUUGUAGAAUUUUCCGUACAUAAAAUGCGAUUUGGUCCCCCCCCCCCACACACACACACACACCUAUUAACCUAAAUCCUAAUUAACCAAAUUAUAAAACAUAUUUAGAUUAAAUUGACAAACUCAAACGAACAUUUGAUUCUUAUCCACAGGCACU